UCGGGCCGGUUGAGCUCGAGCGAGCGACUGAAGCGGCGCGAGGAAGGUUUGAGGUGAACGGCCGGACAGCCAUAUGAGAGCGGCUACUCUGCGGAGCUCCGACAGGGAGAUGCCUACAAAUAGGGACAGUAUGAUGUCCUACACGGCGGAGAAUCACCAUCAGGUCCGGAUGAAAGCCUAUUACAAAGGGGACAUCAUGAUAACACACUUUGAUCCCUCCAUCACAUAUGAAAAUCUUUGCACUGAAGUCCGUGAUAUGUGCAGCUUUGACAAUGAGCAACUCUUCACGAUGAAGUGGAUUGAUGAAGAAGGUGACCCUUGCACUGUCUCAUCCCAGCUGGAGCUCGAGGAGGCAUUUCGGUUAUAUGAGCUGAAUAAGGAUUCUGAGUUAAUCAUUCAUGUGUUUCCCUGUGUACCAGAAAGACCAGGAAUGCCCUGUCCUGGGGAAGAUAAAUCCAUCUACAGAAGAGGUGCGCGGCGUUGGAGAAAGUUGUACUGUGUAAAUGGACAUACUUUCCAAGCCAAAAGAUUCAAUAGGCGAGCACAUUGUGCAUUUUGUACUGAUCGGAUCUGGGGCCUUGGCCGUCAAGGCUAUAAAUGCAUCAACUGCAAGCUUCUCGUCCAUAAGAAAUGUCACAAAUUGGUUACAAUUGAAUGUGGACGUCAUGCUAUCAGCACACAUACUUCUCAUUAUCCUUGGGGAAGUGGUGAUCAGGAGCAUAUGAUUCCAGGUGCUGAAAAUGCAGAAAGUAUUGCCCCAGUUAUUCCGUACAAAUCUUCCAGCCAAGAAAACCUGGAUCAUGUUGGUGAGGAAAAAGAGGCCAUGAGCAGCAGGGAAAGUGGAAAAGUUCCCACCAGUUUAGGUGUUCCAGAUUUCGAUCUAAUCCGUGUCAUUGGAAGAGGUAGUUAUGCUAAAGUCCUCCUCGUUCGACUGAAGAAGACAGAGCGCAUUUAUGCAAUGAAAGUUGUGAAGAAGGAACUGGUUAAUGAUGAUGAGGAUAUCGAUUGGGUACAGACAGAAAAGCAUGUGUUCGAACAAGCAUCAAAUCAUCCUUUCCUUGUAGGAUUGCACUCAUGCUUCCAGACCGAGAGCAGGCUAUUUUUCGUCAUAGAAUAUGUGAAUGGUGGAGAUUUGAUGUUUCAUAUGCAGAGACAACGUAAGCUUCCAGAAGAGCAUGCCAGAUUUUAUUCUUCAGAGAUCAGUCUGGCCUUAAACUAUCUUCAUGAACAUGGGAUCAUUUACCGAGAUUUGAAACUGGAUAAUGUCUUGCUGGACUCUGAAGGACAUAUUAAACUAACAGACUACGGAAUGUGUAAGGAAGGCCUGAGGCCUGGAGACACAACCAGCACAUUCUGUGGUACUCCCAAUUACAUUGCUCCAGAAAUUCUGAGAGGAGAGGAUUAUGGUUUCAGCGUGGAUUGGUGGGCACUGGGAGUGCUGAUGUUUGAGAUGAUGGCAGGCCGAUCACCUUUUGACAUAGUGGGAAGCUCAGAUAAUCCAGAUCAGAAUACAGAGGAUUAUCUCUUUCAAGUCAUUUUGGAAAAGCAAAUCCGUAUUCCACGCUCCCUCUCUGUCAAAGCUGCUAGUGUAUUAAAAGGAUUCCUCAAUAAGGAUCCUGCAGAGCGGCUUGGAUGCCACCCACAGACAGGAUUUGCUGACAUUCAGGGUAAUCCUUUCUUCCGCAAUGUAGACUGGGACUUGAUGGAACAAAGGCAAGUUAUUCCACCCUUCAAACCGCAUAUUUCUGGUGAAUAUGGACUUGACAACUUUGAUUCCCAGUUCACCAACGAACCUGUCCAGCUCACUCCAGAUGAUGAUGAUGCUGUCAAGAAGAUUGACCAAUCAGAAUUUGAAGGCUUUGAAUAUAUCAAUCCCCUUCUGAUGUCAGCUGAGGAAUGCGUCUGACCAGCUAGAAUCUGUGCAUUGUGGCCAGUGUCUCCAACCUUGCAUGUGAACAAGCUGAAAAACAUGAAUGCCUUGCUUUAGUAGCAGAAGCCUUUCUUUUUAACUCUGCAGCUAAUGGUUUGAGAAGGCUCAUCUCACUCAAUUUUGAUCCAGCAAAUAACUAUAUGAAUAUCUGCAUAUAUCUGUUCCAACAAAAAAUAGUCUUCAGGCUAAUUGCCCGAGUGCUCAACCACUGCAACUGGAGAGAGGUUACCUAUUCAAUCCUGAUAAUUCCUGCUGACGCUACUAACUUGAUGAACAGAAUAUUUUUGUUGGGAGUUAAGUGUUAUCUUAACUUAUCUAAGAACUGACUUGUUUUUUUUCCAUUGGGACAUUAGGUGGAAGCUAACUUUAGUCUCUUGGUGUUGUAGUAACCUCUCCAUGCAUGAUUUCAGGAUUAAUUUGCUCCCCUAAGACACAUCUGCCAGCCUGUAGUUAGUAGUAUUGCUCAGGGAGAUGACAGCUGAUAGCUUUGAUUGAAAAUGCUUUUGCUGGGAAAAUAUUACCCUUAUCCACUGGAAAGAUAUGUCUAAGAUUAGACAAAAAACAUUUCAAGCAUUGCUUCCAGUUACUAAGACAAUGCCAGCAAUAUCAUUUACAGAAACUGGGUUAUGGAAAAACUGAUGGCACUUAUCUCAUUUGACUAUCAGAAUUUUUUUAAAAAUUCAGAACAUCUUGGUACCACACAAAUGAGAAUUACGAAAAAAAGUGCACACUGUGACUAUACUCUUGCCUGCACUGAUGUGGAGGGUGUCAUCUUUAUAUACAAAUAUGUAUAAACACCUAAAGUUUUGUUCUGACCACAUCGCAUUGAUAAAGGCUUUCAGACUUGGAGCUGAGCAUCCUGGAUUGUGCAUCAGAUAAGAAGCUAUUCAAAGCUGUCGCUAUUAUACUUCAAUGCAUAAAAAACUAGAAUUGUCUUUUUUGUCUCUUGCAAUUUGUCAUGGCUAUAGCUGAUGCCAGGAAAGCAAAACAAAUCUUUCGUAGAAUUGCUCAAAUAAUUGGAAAUAAACGAUGUCCCCAUAUUAUUUUUCCUUUGCCUUCUCCUGGAGAAAGAGCCCAUAUUUCCAAAAUAUGUAAUAUUCACUAGUGUUUACUAUAAUAUCUUUGGUUAUGUUCAUGACAUGAAUAAAGUUUGUUUCUUACAUCCUUGCCCCACAGCAUAUUCAGACUUGAGUAAUUUCGUGUUAGGAAGUAGAGCAAAGUUAGUUAUGAAAUCCUGAACAAGUCAGUUCAGUGAUAUUCAACAACUUCACUUGAGGCACUUCCCAUACCAGAGUUUUUCUGUUUUACAGUAGCACAGAAGGAUCACCCAUUGUCCCACGUAAAGAAAAUCCCUGUCGUCAUGCUUGAUAAAUUGCAAUUAGAAUUUUAUAUCAGAGAUAAAAUUUCAAUGUAUGUUUUGUUCUGAUCUCCUGUACAACUAAACGCCCAUAUUUUACAUAUUUGUGUUAAUAUGGCUUUCUUUCCCCCUCACCCCAUGAUAUUAUUGCGCUGUAGUGUGUAUAGUUUUGAUUCAUUUUAGACAUGAUGCAUCGUAAUUCUGCUGAAUUUGGGCUGCACUUUCACCUGGUCGUGAUUUUCUUUUAUGUUCCUGCCUUGUCCACACGCAGUUGCACUUCAGAUUUCAAUAAUUGCAUUUAAUACUUGAUAUGGUUACUCAGUUACCUUGAAAGAGAAUUUAUUCUACCAAGUGCUGCAUUAUCCUAAAUGCUGCGAAAAGGGAUGACCAUAGACUUAGUAACAUUUCACGUUCAUCUUCACAAUGGCUGCUUACAGUCAGUGUACAUUUUUUUCCUACUUACCAAGUACCUUGUUUAAAAUAGCUGAAGAAGUUAAAUAUGCAUUUGUUUCUAAUUAUUUUGAAUUCAAGAACUGCUUAUGGUGUUAUGGGGGUUGCAUUCAACAAUUCCAUCCAUUGUUCUGUGCAAGUAAAAGCCAUUCUCAUUACUUAUGACCAAAAGUGGCUGCUAUUUGUUGUGCUCAGAGUUACUUAAAUAAAUAGGUCAAAUUCAGGUGCAUUCCAGAAUUUUGGGGUAUUUGGAAUACUUUAUCUUGUAAUGAAUAAAACUGGGUUUGCUAAUUGUCAGAGCAUUCUUCCACAGUGAUUAAUGUCAGUGCAAAGAGCACUACUUUUGAUAUCUAUCAAUUUGAAAAGCACGUAAUUGCUUAAGACAAACUUUGCGAAAUACCAGUGAGUGUGUUUUUUUUAGGAUAAUGGCACUGUUCAGGAUGUUGCAUGUCUCCUGUAAACCUGUCAAGCAUCCUGAAAAGCUGUCAUGGAGACUGUGUACCCUCUGAUUCCAUGUUCUUUCGUUUUUUUAAGCACUGGUAAUAACACUCUUUUCUGCUUAUUUAUGAAUGUUACAGUGCAGAUGCAGGCAGCCAUCAUAAUUUGCACAAUUACUGAAGUUUACUGUUGUCAAAUUGAAUGCUGAAUAGUAUGGAGCUGCUGGAGCCAGUUGAUAUUUUUCCACCCUACUAGAUCAUCAUCCCCACCACCACCAAGCAAAAUAUAAAAGCCAACCAUCCAUCAUGUCCAGUAACUCCCCCCACCCCGAACAAUACAAAAGCCAACCGUCCAUCAUUUCCUACUGAAGGCAGCAAAUCUUGCUGGGGAAUGAAAACUGGGCAUCUUAGCAAAUUGAUAUUCUUCAUGUGAAAGGUGGUGAGUGAUGGCAAGUUAUUAAACUAUAAAUUGUGGGAAGCAGUGACCAGUCAUUGCCAUGAUGAAAAUAUUAACACUUAUACACCAAGGUGAUGAAAACAGCUGCUUUAAUAUUUAUUUACUUUUGGUUCUUGGAAUGCAUAUCACUUUUUUUUAAAUGUCCAUAAACAAGUGACAUAACUACAUAGGUAUUGGGAACAUGCCCAAACUUUCACAAAUUGCAGUCAAAGCACCAUGUUGUUACCCAAAUUUACAGGAGAGUUGAUAAGUUUCUGUAAUAUGAAGAUAUCAUUUUGUAUUUUUGUAGAAAAUGGUUUUUGAUUGUUUACAACUGCCAAGAGCAAGUUCAAGUUCAGUGGUUAAAAAUUUAUUGAGAUUGUGAAACUUUUACGUUCAGAAUAAUUAGUAAAACCAAAUAAGCCACAUCACAUUUUAUACAUGCACUAAGAAUUUAAUUGCUCCAUGUUAUGUUGAUUUUAAAUUGUCCUUGAUCUCUCCAUCCCUCAAAGAAUCUUUAUUGGGUUGAUUUCGACAUAAAAAAUUAAUGUAUGAACUACUUGAAUGGGCAUUUCCAUGAUUUAGGUUACUGGUCAUUCAUUUUCAAUGGGUAAUAUUCCCAUUUUAAGGAAUCCAAGUAUUCCUGUGAAGGACCAGAAUCAAUCUUUAUUGAAAAACACUAGCUUUUCAUUCGUGUUUCUUGGUCAUGGUUUAAAAAUUCAUAAAAUUUGGUCUAUUUAAAUUGGAACAUUGCAACACUGUGAAGUACACUGUUUCUGGGAUCUGUUACUUAUAACUUUUUCCUGUUAUUGCCCUGCUUAAUGCUCCAGGUGUAUUUUUCAAAUGCAAUUUAAUUUGUCUUAUUUAUAUGCGUACAUACAUGUUGAUUUCAGCAGGAGAUUCUGCUGUUUGUUUUUUUAACUACUUAGUAAAAUCUACUGAUUGGAAUUUCAUAUUGGUAGUGUGAAAGACUAUUUAGUUUUAUGCUGUAAUCUGUAAUAAUGUAAUAUCCUGCAUGAAUUCCUUUCAAGUAAAUGUGGGAAAAUAUAGUUUAAUAGAUCCAAUAGUAAGGAUUUGUUC